AUGGUCUCGCUCGACACGAUCCUUGCCGUGGCCCCGCGCGACGCGCGCGAGGUCAUCGAAGAGGACGACGACACGCGCGCAUACCUCGCAACCGUCAUUGAGGGCAAGACGGCCGCCGACGCGAAGCGUGCCAUUGCGCCGUUUCUCGGCAUGAGCACCAAGGCGCUCGACGCCAUGUUUGCGCGUUUGGAGCUGGACGAGGCCGGCGCAGGCGAUGUGAAUGGCAGCAGCGACGCUCCCCCGACCCAUGCAGUCAACGGCGUCAAAGGGUCGCCUCCAAGCCCGACGGAGGGCACCAAGAAGCUGCCCGCGGCGCCGACCGUGACGGCAUACUCGCAGCAGUCGCGCUUCCAUUCCGCUACCGUUACGACGUUGUCCAAGGACGUCGAUCUCCGCGACGUCAACCUCACCAUCGGCGAGCGCGAGUUGCUUGUCGAUACCCGCCUGUGGCUCAAGGCCGGGACACAUUACGGCCUCGUUGGGCGGAACGGGUGCGGCAAGUCGACGCUGCUGGGUGUGCUGGGCGACCAUUCGCUGGUCGGCUUUCCGCCCAACUUGCGUACACUCUAUGUCCAACAGCUGGACGUGGAGGAGACGGACGCCAGUGUGCUUGAUGAAGUCCUCGCGGCCGACACUGAGCGCCAAAAGCGCGUCGACAACGUUCGUGCCAUCGAGGCGGCCCUAGCCGAGGAUGGCCAGCCGGCACUGUCGGCCGCGAUUGACGGCUACGUCUCGCGUAUUGCCGGCGAGCGCGUGAGCGCUGCCCAAAAGACGGCGACGCUGCGGUCCGGAAAGCGCGGCAAGAUUGCGCGUGGAGCGGCGCUCAAGGCCGAGCAGACCAUGCUCGCUGCGGUGCGCACCGAGGUUGGCGCGGGCGGCGACACCCCGCGUCCCGACACUGAAGUGGCGGCUACGAUCCUCGAAAAGGUCUAUGCCGAGCUGGACGAGAUGGGUGCACACAGCGCCGAGGCGCGUGCGCGGUCCAUCCUCACGUCUCUGGACGUGAGCGAGCGCAUGCAGGACGGGCCCGUGACUGCGCUGUCUGGUGGCUGGCGUAUGCGCGUGGCACUCGCAAAAGCCAUGUUUGUGCAGCCCGACAUUCUCCUGCUCGACGAGUGUACCAACCACUUGGACCUGGCCGCCAUUGCCUGGCUGCAGUCGUACCUCGUGUCUCUCGAGGACGUGACGAUUGUGUGUGUGUCGCACGACCGCGACUUUCUCAACGCCGUGUCCGAGGAAAUCAUCCGCCUCAAGGACACGCAGCUGUCGUACCACCCGGGCAACUAUGACGAGUACGAGGAGGCCCAGGACGAGCUGCGCAAGAAGAAGCUCCGCCAGCACGAGGCGCUCGAGAAGCGGAGGGAACACGUCCAAAAGUCGAUUGAAAAGUUCAAGCAGCACGCGCGGUCGAGCAACGACGACAAGGUGCUGGGCCAAGUGGCGUCGCGGCAAAAGAAGCUCGAGCGCAUGGUCGGCAUCGACAAGACCGAGGACGGCAAGCGGUUCAAGGUGUCGUACUGGGCCGGCUUCCACACCGGUGUGCGACCCGAGCUCGAGCUCAUCAAGAGCGAAAAGGAAGUGGACCUCAAGAUCCCCGAUCCCGAGCCCCUGCGUACCGCCGGCCCGCUUGUGACGCUCACCUCGGCGUCGUUUUCGUACAAGGGCAGCAAGCACCGUGUGCUCAAGUCUGUGUCUCUUGCCUUGUCGCCGGGCGUCCAUGUAGCCAUCCUCGGCCUGAACGGCUGUGGCAAGUCGACCCUCGUGGGUAUCAUGGCGGGCACGCUGGCCCCGACACACGGGCACGUCAACCGUGCACCCAACCUCCGCAUCGGACACUAUACGCAGCACUAUGUCGACUCGCUGUCGUCCAUCGCCGACAGCGCGCUCGCGCUGCUGGCCACGCAGAUCCGCGACGCGGCGCCGCCCCACCUGGACGCACCCGAGCCCAAGGAGGGCGACCUGCGCAAGUGGCUCGGCAGCUUUGAGCUGUCGGGCGCACUCGCCACCCGCCCGGUGCAUACCCUCAGCGGAGGCCAGCGUGCGCGCGUCGCCCUCGCCCUCAUCCUGCACUCGCAGCCACACCUCUUGCUCCUCGACGAAGUCACAAACCAUCUGGACAUGUACGCCGUCCAGGGCUUGGUCGCGGCGCUGACAGUGUGGACGGGCACGAGCGUCCUCAUCACCCACGACAGACACUUUGUGCGCGAGACGGCAGACGAAGUGUAUCUCCUCGAGGGCGGCCGGCUCACCCGCCUCGAGGAAGGUGUGGACGAGUAUGUCGCGCGGUUUGAUUAG